AUGCCACUCAGCAGACUGAUUGACCAGACCCUUGUGCUCUCACUCUGUAAUAAAUCAAAUUCAAAUGUUUCCGAUUCCUUAGACCAGUAUUUGAUUUUUGGUGCUGAAGAAGGAAUUUACACGUUGAACCUGAAUGAACUGCAUGAGACAUCCAUGGAGCAGUUGUUUCCCCGAAGAUGCACUUGGCUGUACGUCAUGAACAACUGUUUACUGUCCAUUUCUGGCAAAGCUUCGCAACUCUACUCUCACAAUCUGAUCGGCCUCUUCGAGUAUGCUCGACAGAUGCAGAAGUUGCCUGUUGCCAUUCCGACUCACAAGCUUCCUGACCGAAUCCUUCCCAGGAAGUUUGCCGUAUCAACAAAAAUUCCAGACACGAAAGGUUGCCAAAAGUGUUGCGUGGUGCGGAAUCCUUACACAGGACACAAGUAUCUAUGCGGGGCAUUUCAGUCCAGCAUUGUAUUACUGGAGUGGGUCGAACCAAUGCAGAAGUUUAUGCUCAUAAAGAAUAUAGACUUCCCUUUGCCAUGUCCACUUGAAGUGUUUGAAAUGCUCGUCGUUCCUGAGCAGGAGUACCCAUUGAUCUGCGUUGCCGUCAGCAAAGGAACCGAAUUUAACCAAGUUGUCCGCUUUGAGACGGUCAACCCCAAUUCCACUUCAUCCUGGUUUACUGAAACAGAUACACCGCAGUCGUGCGUGAUUCACGUCACCCAGCUCGAGAGAGACACCAUCUUAGUGUGCCUGGAUCGGUGUAUAAAAAUCGUAAAUCUGCUAGGAAGGUUGAAGUCCAGUCGAAAGCUUUCCGCCGAGUUAACGUUUAACUUUCAGAUCGAGUCAAUAGUUUGUCUGCAAGACAGCGUUUUGGCUUUCUGGAAACACGGCAUGCAAGGAAGAAGCUUCAGGUCAAAUGAAAUCACUCAAGAAAUCUCGGAUAACACCAGAAUAUUCAAGCUGUUAGGCUCGGAUAGGGUGGUGGUUCUGGAAAGCCGACCCACUGACAACCCAACAGCCAACAGUAACCUGUACAUUUUAGCGGGACACGAGAACAGUUACUGAUGGCUGUGCAUGGAGUUUGAGGCGCUCGCUCAGGAAUGGAGUUGGACGACACUACUGCUUGCGCAUCUCAGAGUGUUUGGACCUCGACGGCAUUUGAGUUGCGUUGGACUCUAUUUAUUGUGGCAUGUCAUGAAGGCGUGGAGGACUUUGUUUGUUUUGUUUUGUUUUAUUUUAAGUGUUGCCACCACUUCUUUUACCACACAAGUGCUUAACUGACUUCUCUGUAAUCUUUGUACAUAUAUCUGUAGUAUUUUGGAAGCCGCUUACUUCAUUCAGUUGAAGGUGUACACUAAGACGUAAUGUAGAUAUUAGCGCGUAUUCGGUUGUACAGGCGUCCUAACUGUACAGAUGUAAAGGACUGGGAGUGUUGCAAAUAAUUAUUUGAGAUUAAUAUUUAAGGGCUCGGGUGGAGCUGAAUAAUCAUCCGAACACGGCAGACCAGAGCGCUGCACCCACGCGACUAACAUCGAUUUUAAUCAUGGCAUCGAUUUCAUUUACAUGCCAAUCUUUUUAACCAUACAUUUGUUUUUUUAAACCUUUCUCUUUUUAAGGUGCUCGUGUCUUCAGCACUGCGGUGUACAAGCACUGCUGUUUUUCCAAUUUGCACAUCAAGUGUUACAAAUGUAUCCUGUAAAAGAAAACAAAAAUGAAAUCUGUACGUAUACUGACCUAGGCAAGCUGUGAUUUUGUGGAUUUCGUCACCACAGUCGACGAGACGUCUAGCCGGAUAGUGGAACACACCUUUCUACAAUAACUGACACAAAUCAAUGUAUCAUACUAAAAUAUUAUUAUUUUAUACGUGUUUGUUUCGUUUUUUAACCGCAGUUUUUAGCCGAGUUUGUCAAAGCGCUGUCUGUCCGGUGGUACGGGCCUCAGGGCUCGAGUGUCUUAAUUCUGCCAAACGUCGUUAUUACGGAGUAGAUUGUCACCUGCAGUUUCAUGUUACUGUGAAGUACGCAAUCUUAAUGAGCGCAAACAUUCCUUGUUGGAGAUACCCGGGCACUUCCACGAGUUUUAAUACGAUGCCAAAAUGUACUUUAGGUUGGAGUUCUUGUCACACGACAGCCAAAAAUAGUUAGGGAUUCUACCUCGUGCAAUUCUGUUUUUGGG